UUGUUCUUUUAGCCUAGCCCUAGAAGAAGCUGGAGCAGGGAGGCGCGAGCCAAUCCAAGGAGGCGAAAGGCGUCUUCAUUUAGGAAAAAGGGGAACGUCGCUAAGUAGAGCGGAGUGCGCUGGAGGAGCGGAGGGAAGCGGAGGUUGCGGCUCGAAGCGGAGGAACUCUUACCUUGGACUCCGGGUAGAACAAUGAAGCAAUAGAGAUGCUUCCCUUUAUGAUCGUCACCCUGGGCUCUGCAGGGACCACCUGCAGGUCUUCCAGCUGCAACAACAGCAGCACCAAGGAUUACUGCUACAGCGCGCGCAUCCGCAGUACGGUGCUGCAGGGAUUGCCCUUCGGAGGGGUGCCCACUGUCCUCGCCCUCGAUUUCAUGUGCUUUCUUGCACUGCUGUUUGUUUUUUCCAUUUUGCGCAAAGUGGCCUGGGAUUAUGGACGUCUUGCAUUGGUAACUGAUGCUGACAGGAAGCGACGCUGGCAACAGGAGCAAGAGGAGAGGGAAUAUGUCGCGUCUGCUCUGCACUCUGAUAGCCAUGAUCGCUAUGAACGCCUCACUUCUGUCUCCAGCUCAGUGGAUUUCGACCAAAGAGACAAUGGUUUUUGCUCCUGGUUGACCGCAAUCUUCAGGAUAAAGGAUGAUGAAAUCAGGGAUAAGUGUGGGGCAGACGCAGUCCAUUACCUCUCCUUCCAGCGGCAUAUCAUUGGGCUGCUAGUUGCCGUAGGUGUCCUAUCUGUGGGAAUUGUCUUGCCAGUGAAUUUCUCAGGAGAUCUUCUUGAAAAUAACCCCUACAGUUUUGGCAGAACAACUAUUGCUAACCUGAAUUCUGGGAAUAAUCUCUUAUGGCUGCACACAUCUUUUGCCUUUUUGUAUUUGCUGUUAACCGUGUACAGCAUGCGUCGCCACACUUCAAAGAUGCGCUACAAGGAGGAUGACUUGGUGAAACGGACUCUCUUCAUAAAUGGCAUCUCAAAAUAUGCGGAACCUGAAAAAAUCAAAAAGCAUUUUGAGGAGGCCUAUGCAAAUUGCACAGUGCUGGAAGCCCGGCCCUGUUAUGAUGUAGCCCGGCUGAUGUUCCUUGAUGCAGAAAGAAAAAAAGCAGAACGUGGAAAAAUCUACUUUACCAAUUUGCAGAGCAAGGAGAACACCCCCUCAAUGAUCAACCCAAAGCCCUGUGGCCAUCUCUGCUGUUGCGCUAUCAAAGGCUGUGAAGAGGUGGAAGCCAUUGAGUACUACACCAGACUGGAGGAGAAGCUGAAGGAGGACUACAAGAAGGAAAAGGAAAAAGUCAACGAGAAGCCACUGGGCAUGGCCUUUGUGACUUUCCACAAUGAGGCCAUAACAGCUAUAAUCCUAAAAGACUUCAAUGCUUGCAAGUGCCAGGGCUGCAAGUGUCGUGGGGAGCCCAAGUCGUCUUCGUGCAGCGAGUCUCUCCACGUUUCAAAUUGGGCAGUCUCCUAUGCACCUGAUCCUCAGAACAUCUACUGGGAGCAUCUCUCAAUACGUGGCUUCUUCUGGUGGUUCCGCUGCCUGAUCAUCAAUGUGGUGCUCUUCAUCUUGCUGUUCUUUCUCACCACACCUGCCAUUAUCAUCACCACAAUGGACAAGUUCAAUGUCACUAAGCCUGUUGAAUACCUGAAUAACCCUAUCAUCACCCAAUUCUUCCCUACUCUGUUACUGUGGUGCUUCUCUGCUUUGCUUCCUACAAUUGUGUAUUAUUCAGCAUUCUUUGAAGCCCAUUGGACUAGGUCUGGAGAGAACAGGACAACCAUGCACAAGUGUUACACUUUCCUCAUCUUCAUGGUCUUGUUGCUGCCAUCACUGGGCCUGAGCAGUCUGGAUGUGUUUUUCCGCUGGCUCUUUGAUAAAAAGUUCCUGGCUGAAGCUGCCGUAAGAUUUGAAUGCGUUUUCUUACCUGACAAUGGGGCCUUUUUUGUGAACUAUGUAAUAGCUUCUGCGUUCAUCGGAAACGCCAUGGAUUUGCUGCGGAUCCCUGGCUUGCUUAUGUACAUGAUUCGGCUUUGUCUUGCCCGCUCAGCUGCUGAACGCAGGAAUGUCAAAAGGCAUCAAGCUUAUGAAUUCCAGUUUGGGGCUGCUUAUGCCUGGAUGAUGUGUGUCUUCACUGUGGUUAUGACUUAUAGCAUCACGUGCCCUAUCAUUGUUCCCUUUGGUCUGAUGUAUAUGUUACUGAAGCACUUGGUAGACAGAUACAACCUCUAUUAUGCUUACCUACCAGCUAAACUGGAUAAGAAGAUUCAUUCAGGAGCUGUGAAUCAGGUGGUGGCAGCACCCAUUCUAUGCCUCUUUUGGCUCCUUUUCUUCUCUACUGUGCGCACAGGAUUCUUGGCUCUCACGUCCAUGUUUACUUUCGUGGUUCUUGUCAUCACUAUUGUGAUCUGCCUUUGUCACGUCUGCUUUGGACACUUCAAAUACCUCAGUGCUCACAAUUAUAAGAUUGACCACACAGAGGCAGAUGCUGUGGAUGGAAGAGAGAAUGGGCGGCCUGCUGCCAGUCAACCUCCGGCCCCUAAAUCAGCUAAAUACAUUGCCCAGGUGCUACAGGAUUCUCCACCAGACGGUGACACGGCUGAGUCCGAAGAACAGGGGUCCCAGGACGAGGAUCUCAUCAACCCCAAUGGCAUUAAUGACACAGAUUUCCAAUCGUGUGAGGACAGCCUGAUAGAAAAUGAAGUCCAUCAUUAGGGAUUGUGGGAAAGCACGAGGGGGCAGGGGAGUCCUGAGAGUUGACACGGCUGCUGUGCACUGUAUGUAUAUGUAUGUGUGAAUGAGCAAUAGAAGGAAAGUCCAAGGGGAAGAAGAGCAGCACAUGCUCAGCACCAACCAUCACCACCUCCCAUUCACUUGGCUGUUGCAUUAUUGCUCAUUCCAGGGUGGGGCGAAACCAUUUGACUUUCAUUCUCUGUCUUUCCUAUCAUUUCUCCUCCUUCCCUCUCCCCCUCCUUCUCCUCCUCCUCACGCCCCACCGAGAGUAGGAGCAGAAAGUCUCUGAUAAGCUACCUGCCGUUCCCACUUUCUGAAGCCCUACAAGUCCAAGAUGGAGUCAAAGGAAUGACUUUGCUACUUCAUGGUGUCAAGGAGAGGAACUGAAGCAAGGACAUCAGAAGAUUCUAAUGGCAAGAAUCUAUUCUGGCAGAGAGCCCAUCCUGCCCUGGACUGCUACCCUUCUCUAGAACUCUAGAGUCUCAGACACUAAUAAUGAAUUAGGUUCCAAUGAGGACUGAGCUUUAAUCAAGGUACUGAAUUUCUAAGCUAAGAUUAUGGGUGGCUUUGAACCUGGCAGGAACCAGUGGUUCCAGCCAAGCGGAGCUGUUUUUAAUUGUGUAUAAAUUUCCUACUUGCUUGUGCAUCAGCAAGCAUCUUAUCUCAGAUGGCCAAGAUGCAACCCUAUGAUAACCUUGGUCUUGGUCACUUGUUCUCUCCAAGGCUGGCUGUAAAUAAGCUAUCAAGAGCAAGAUGGAUUGAAUGGAAGAGGCCAUCUGCUGCCAUGAACACAGCCCAAUGAAGGCCAUAAUUGGAGAAUGCUGUCUAACAGCAGGUAUCAAUGAACAACUGCUAGUCACCCCUGUAGCUCCCCGGGGGGAGAGGGCAGAGAAUGCCUGUUUCAGGGUGAGAAAAGGGGCAAGAGAUUUGGCAGGAGAGGGCUCAGCAGGAGAAGCAGCUCCUCCAAAGUAUCUCUUCCCACCGCUUCCACCCUGAAUGUGGAACAGGGCACAGUGAUUUGGGUUCUGCUGCAGCAACGUUGCACAUUUGUUUUACCUUCAAAAUUGACUAAAACCCUCCUCUUGUCCCAAUUUUCCCGAAGGGAGAGGAAGAGAAAGGUUGGUUUUCCUAAAUUUGUAACCGGGAAAGGUUUCCACAGAAUCCCCAAGAUUGUAAGGUUUCCCAGCUCAUCCAUUUGCACCUCGGACCCUUGCAUGAGGUUGCCUGUGUGUUCCAUAAGAGGCAGCUCAGCUGCUUUACUGAUCCCACAGCCUUGCAUGGAACUCUUAAAGAGCCACCUUACGACUCUCAAGGGUUGCCAUUGCUUGACCUGCUUCCCAGGUGGGAAUUCAGCUACUGGGCCUUUUCCUUCAAAAGUGGUCUUUCCGAGGGCACUUUAAAUAGAUCUGUUUAGAAUAGAAAUGAGGCAAAGAGAGAUCGGAAUUUGUGGAUAGAGACCCUGCUUUUUCAGAUGGAUUUUUUGGGGAGGCAAAGAAGCUGUUGUUUUCCCCUUUCGCCUCUGGACUGCCUGGCAUAUUGGCUAAAGUAAACCAACUCUCUUGAGCUGAAUGCCUUUUCUGAAUGAAAGCUGGACAGAAGGACGUACUUUGCUGCUAAGCGGUCUUAAUAUUUUGCCUUCUGUCCUCUGCACAACUCUGCCCUUUGCCUGCCAGAAUCAAUACAUGAGGAAUGCUACCGAUGUUAUCUAGAGGCAGAGGCCUUAUCCAUCUUUUCAAUGAAGGUGGGUAUCAAUUAACUCGCUUCGAUUUUCAGCCAGAGGGGCUUGAAGCUUUUUAGGGAGGCGAGAUAGCCAGGUGGGAAACAAGAGUAUGGAAACUUGCCACUUGGUAAAUCAGGGUACUCAAGUACAAGUAUUGAAGAUUAGGCUUAGUCAAAACGGUGUAAGCUACCCAUGGUCAAGAAUCCAACUGAGAAGCCCUUCAAGUGGAGAAAGAGCUGGACUUCCCAUUUCCCUUAAAGGAGGAGAGAUGAAAGUUUGAGGAACCCCUUUCACCCCUUGGAAACUGGACCACAGCUUGUGGUGGGGUUUCUUAUCUGGAGCUUUCCUAGAUGUUGGUAGGAAGGGGUAGAGGAGCAUGAGCACCUCUCCUUCGUCCCCUGCUGUCACGGCCACUUUGUGCAACAGCCACUCUGCUGCUGAAGUUGCACAUGGGAUUUUAUUUUAAGCGUUUGUUCCCGGAUGUUUCUUCAAUGCUGUCUAGAAAUAGUAUGUGUUCCAUGCCAGAGUUUCCUGUCCUGGUCCCUUGGCACCAUAUUCCUAAAAGCCCAGUCAACAAGGCUGUAUCUGCAUCAGCCCCACAGCUUCCAUCUGGGAACACGGAGAGAGAUCUGACAUCUGUGUAUAUACAGCUGCAAUGCAAGGCUGGCUUCCGCUAGUGGGGAUUGGGUGCAGAUCAUUGGUGUCCCCCUCCUGCAGGGAGCUCUGUUCUAACUGGCACUUUGUCUGUGUAGAGAUGUGUAUAAAUACCCUGUACAUAUUUGUGUAAAAAAAAGGAGAAAAAAGAGGAACUUAUCAUA